AGAGUGCAACUUUACAUCAGGUAUUCCCAUUACAUCAGUUGUCCCCAUCAGAGUGCCCCCAUCACAGUGCCACCUUACAUCAGGUAUUCCUGUCAGAGUGCCCCCUUACACUCAAAGUACCCCUUUACAUCAUAUUUCCCCAUCAGAGUGCUCCAUUACAUCAUAUUCCUCAUAAGAGUGCCCUUUUACAUCAUAUUCCUCAUCAGAGUGCCGUUCCAUCACAUGUGCCAAUCAGACUGCCCCUUUCCAUCACAUAUGCCCAUCAGAGUGCCCCUUAACAUAAAAUGUGCCGUCAGAGUGCCCCUUAAC